UAUGGGGCACGAAAACGCCGCCGUUUCCGAAACUCAGCAGCACGACGACGCUGCGUCGCCGGGAUUCAAGCUCGUCGGAUUCUCCAAGUUCGUGAGGAAGAAUCCAAAGUCCGACAAGUUCAAGGUAAAGCGCUUCCACCACAUCGAGUUCUGGUGCGGCGACGCCACCAACGUCUCCCGCCGCUUCUCGUGGGGACUAGGCAUGCGAUUCUCCGCCAAAUCCGAUCUCUCCACCGGAAACAUGGUUCACGCCUCCUACCUACUCACCUCCGGCGACCUCCGAUUCCUCUUCACCGCUCCCUACUCUCCCUCUCUCUCCGCCGGCGAAGCUCAACCGUCCGCUACAGCCUCAAUCCCAUCGUUCGAUCACGCUUCUUGCCGCUCCUUCUUCUCUUCGCACGGACUCGGCGUGAGAGCAGUCGCGAUCGAAGUCGAAGACGCUGAGUCAGCAUUCUCAAUCAGCGUAGCAAACGGCGCCGUUCCUUCCUCCCCUCCUAACGUCCUCAACGGAGCCGUUACGAUCGCGGAAGUUAAACUAUACGGAGACGUCGUCCUCCGUUACGUUAGUUAUUAUAACGGAACCGUUAAUUUCCUCCCCGGAUUUGAAUCUGUUGACGAUACGUCGUCGUUUCCGCUAGAUUACGGUAUACGCCGUCUCGACCACGCAGUGGGGAACGUCCCCGAGCUCGGCCCAGCUUUAACUUACCUCGCGGGGUUCACCGGCUUCCACCAGUUCGCGGAGUUCACGGCAGACGACGUGGGAACAGCCGAGAGCGGUUUAAACUCGGCUGUGCUAGCCAACAACGACGAGAUGGUUCUGUUGCCGAUAAACGAGCCGGUGCACGGGACGAAGAGGAAGAGCCAGAUCCAGACGUUUCUUGAGCACAACGAAGGAGCCGGGCUGCAGCAUUUGGCUCUGAUGAGCGAAGAUAUAUUCAGGACGCUGAGGGAGAUGAGGAAGAGGAGCGGCGUUGGAGGGUUCGACUUCAUGCCUUCUCCUCCGCCUACUUAUUAUAAGAAUCUCAAGAAAAGGGUUGGAGAUGUGCUUAGUGAGGAGCAGAUUGAGGAGUGUGAGGAGCUGGGGAUUCUUGUGGAUAGAGAUGAUCAGGGGACGUUGCUUCAGAUCUUUACGAAACCACUUGGUGACAGGCCGACGAUAUUUAUAGAGAUAAUACAGAGAGUGGGAUGCAUGAAGAGAGAUGAGGAAGGGAAGGUUUACCAGAGUGGAGGAUGUGGUGGGUUUGGUAAAGGUAACUUCUCUGAGCUCUUUAAGUCUAUUGAAGAGUAUGAGAAGACUCUUGAAGCCAAACAGCUCGUGGGUUGAAUGAAGAAGAAGAACCAAACUAAAAGGAUUGUAACUGAUAUCUAAAACUGUUUUAUGUUAUAAAAAAUAGUAAACGAUGAUUACAGAAAUGUCUUCUCA